AUGUGAGCUUUCUUAAAGAAGUGCUUCCUUUUUAAUCAUCAUGCUGCGUGGGAAAGUAUAGCAAACAUUUUUCUCUAAUAGACCAGAAGAUUUACAUAAUUCUUCUGCUUCGAUGGAAAGAGAAGAAAUGCUGAUACAACAUUCCAUUAUGGCUGUAAGCUUUACAUUUACCUGUACUGUGGAAAGUUAGUUUUCUGUUUUCUGGGAUGCAUUUCUCAGGAAAGGAUGGUUUUGACGAUGACUUCAAUAGCAGUGUUGCUGUCCAUGAAAGGGUUCCUUCUGGAAUCUUGUCUCAGACUAUGAACUACGUAGGACAACUUGCAGGACAAGUCCUGGUUACUGUGAAGGAGCUGUACAAAGGCAUUAAUCAGGCAACCCUUUCAGGAUGCAUUGAUGUCAUUGUGGUCCGGCAGCAGGAUGGUACAUACCAGUGUUCUCCUUUUCAUGUCCGAUUUGGGAAGCUUGGUGUAUUGCGCUCUAAAGAAAAAGUGAUUGAUAUAGAAAUUAAUGGCGAUGCUGUUGAUCUUCAUAUGAAACUGGGUGACAAUGGAGAAGCUUUCUUUGUACAAGAAACUGAGGAGGAAAAUGAAAAAGUUCCUGCCUAUUUGGCAACAUCUCCAAUACCCACUGAAGACCAGUUUUUUAAAGACACUGACAAUCAUUUGAAAUCAGGUGAAAAUGAGAGGACAUGUACAAACUCAGAAAUUCCACACUCUGUAGAAACAGAGACUGUGUUCACCCCAGGUUCUGUGAAAAAGAAAAAAAGAAGAAGAAAGAAAUACAAACAGGAUAGCAGGAAGGAAGAUCAGAUCUCUUCUGCUGGGACCGAAGAGAUUUUUGAAAUGGAAAUAAGUUCAGAUGAUGAAAAAAGUGUUCAACCCCUAAGAGGAUCGUCAAAUUCAUCACCAAAGGGUGAAGAACAAAAAGAAUCUUUGAUUUACCACUCGAAGGAUCACUACCCUUUAUCUGAUGGAGACUGGUCCCCUCUGGAGAACCCUUUCUCUGAGCCAGUCUGCCCUAAAAGUGAUUCAGAACUAGAAGUUAAACCUGCUGAGAGCUUGCUCAGAUCUGAAUCUCACAUGGAAUGGCAAUGGGGAGGAUUCCCAGAAUCGACCAAGAUAAGCAAGAAAGAGAAGCUGGAACAUCCGAGAACAGCUACCAUUACUCCAUCAGAGAAGACUCAUUUUAGGGUUAUUCUCAGCUCUGAUGAAGUUGAAGAUGAUGAUGAUGUGAAAGAUUCUGUCUGUACAGUACUGAAACCUGAGCCAAGAACUCAUCCUCUGCUUAAGCAGAUGGAUGUUAAAGAUUCUCUUGCUUCUGCAAUCAUAGAACCACAAGAUCCGUUGCCAUUAGAUGCUGAUCAUCAUUCCAGACUGUUGGUGGACCCUUUACCAGAAACAAAGCCAACAGCAAAAAUUGACUCUCCUUCAAAAAAGAAAGGGGUGCACAAGCGAAGUCAUCAUCAGGGACCUGACGAUAUUUACUUGGAGGACCUAAAGGCUUUGGAACCUGAAGUUGCAGCACUCUACUUUCCCAAAAGUGAUUCUGAUCCAGGCUUCAGGCAGUGGACAGAGUCAGAUACGCUUUCCGGCUCCCAGUCACCCCAGUCCGUGGGAAGUGCUGCUGCUGAUAGUGGUACCGAGUGCAUGUCUGAUUCUGCUAUGGACUUGCCUGAUGUUACACUUUCACUUUGUGGAGGUCUCAAUGAAAAUGGAGAGAUUUCUAAAGAAAAAUUCAUGGAACAUAUUAUUACUUAUCAUGAAUUUGCUGAAAACCCUGGACUCAUAGACAAUCCUAAUUUGGUAAUAAGGAUUUAUAACAGGUAUUAUAAUUGGGCGUUGGCUGCUCCAAUGAUUCUGAGUUUGCAGGUGUUUCAGAAGAGUUUGCCUAAGGCUACUGUUGAGUCCUGGGUCAAAGAAAAGAUGCCAAAGAAGUCUGGAAGGUGGUGGUUCUGGCGCAAGAGAGAAAGCAUGACUAAACAGAUACCAGAGGCAAAAGAGGGGAAAGCUGAGACGCAAAGAGCAAAUGAGCUGCCAACAACUAUAAAAGAGCAAGUUAAUAGUAGACCUCCAGAAGAUGACUCUUCUAGUGAUGAAGCAUCACAGGAGUUGAAGGAAUCCCUGAAAAUAGAUUCUGCCCCAGUAGAGCAUCCAACCCAUGGAAACAUUACAUCUUAUAAGAAGUCACUUAGACUUUCUUCAGACCAAAUAGCAAAGUUGAAGCUCAGAGACGGCCCUAAUGAUGUUGUUUUUAGUAUUACAACCCAGUAUCAAGGGACCUGCCGUUGUGCAGGAACAAUAUAUCUCUGGAACUGGAAUGAUAAAAUCAUUAUAUCAGACAUUGAUGGAACAAUAACCAAGUCUGAUGCUUUAGGACAGAUCCUCCCUCAGCUUGGCAAGGACUGGACUCAUCAGGGCAUUGCAAAACUCUAUCAUUCCAUAAAUGAAAAUGGCUACAAGUUCCUGUACUGUUCUGCCCGUGCCAUUGGGAUGGCAGAUAUGACCAGAGGAUACCUACACUGGGUGAAUGACAAAGGAACAAUUCUCCCCAGGGGCCCUCUCAUGUUGUCCCCCAGCAGUUUGUUUUCUGCCUUGCAUAGGGAAGUAAUAGAAAAGAAGCCUGAAAAGUUCAAAAUCGAAUGUUUGAAUGAUAUCAAGAAUUUGUUUGCUCCCAGUAAACAGCCUUUCUAUGCUGCUUUUGGAAACAGACCCAAUGAUGUGUAUGCCUACAUGCAAGUGGGAGUUCCAGACUGCAGAAUAUUCACUGUGAAUCCAAAGGGUGAACUGAUCCAAGAACGGACUAAGGGAAACAAAUCUUCGUAUUACAGACUAAGUGAGCUUGUGGAACAUGUGUUCCCAUUGCUUAAUAAAGAACAGAGCUCUGCAUUUCCGUGCCCAGAAUUCAGCUCCUUUUGCUACUGGAGAGAGCCUCUUCCUGACCUUAACAUGGACGACCUGGCCUGAAAAAUACUUCUCACCUAGAGAUGGAAUUUCAUAUUCAGCUACUCAACUUCAGUUUAAAUGUGAAGAACUUUCUUAAUGAAGAUGCAAAUUUAUAUACUGGUACUGUAAGUCUUACUUAAGAAAUCACUUUAACUCCGUUGGUUUAAAACAAAGAAAAUGCAAAGCUACUGUCUUAUUUUUUUGUGGGGGGGAUUUGAUUUUUUGUUUGUUUGUUUCUUUAUCGCUUGUCUUUAUAUACCUGUUCUAAGGCACUUGAGAUUGGCCUGUCAUUGAUGGUCAUGGUACCCAAGUGCUUCAAGGCAAAGAAAUGCUGAGGCAAACUAUGAUUUUGCAUUUUCAUCAGUACAGACCUUAUUGUAAACAUAGGUUGUUCGUUGGUUUUUUUGUAUUAGUCUUAAUAGUGUAUUUUCUAAAAUGAAGCCAAAAAGUGUAUGGAAACUGCCAAAUAGAAUGUCAGACCUGUUAACAAAAAGUGUGGUCUAAUGUUCAGGUGGGCAAUUAGGCCAUUUCCGAAAGGAGCCAGAACCUAAGACCAGUGUGCUCUUUGUCAGCUAAAACACAGAAAAUGUGUAGAGGUUACUAGCCUGACAAACUCUGAAGACAUAAAAUGCCUCUUUAAAUGUAAAUAUGCCUUUUGUCACAUGUACAAGACUGUGCUUUUACAAUUCACGCUCAAACUAACUCUGCUGAUUACUUUUUUUACAUGCAGUGUUUAAACUAUUUCAUGAGCUUGUUAAAAUGGAAGUUGUCUUCAGAUACUUGUAUGGCUUUUGUUGUUUUCAGGCUGCACUAUGUCAUGUCAAAUUUCCAUCAAGAAAAAUCUUGAACAUUUCUGUAAGAGUUGGGGAGCUGGCAUUUUUAUUUCCUUUUUCAACAGAGAUGAUCCAUAUGUGUGUGAUGCUGUGUAGGCCAGUAAAAUGUAUGUACAGAUUAUAUUCAGGGAAUUGUAAUACUAAAAAAUAAUGUAUUUAAUUUUUUAAUUGUCUACUGCAGGUCUUUCCAGAAUUCUGUAUUGCAGGUUUUCAGUAGCUGGAAGGAAAUGCAGCUCAGUAGUGAGAUUCCAGGUAUGAGAAUGGUUAAAUGCUGCAGAGCAGAAUAAACCUUUUUGGUUUUGGGUUAUUCAUAAACAUUGUGCUGGUCAUUCCUCAGGUUCAGAUCAGAGCCUGUGAACAAACUGCAUUCCAAGUCUAGUGUUUAUCAGCUGUAAAAGCAGCUAGCAUUUCUCUUUCCAAAAAAAAUAGUUGAAGGCAAAGGUAGUUCUGCUUUUUGAGUUAUUGCAUUUAACCUCCUUCAGACAAAUCUAUGGUGAGAAUGUAUCAUUCUACCAGCCCAGAGUGUUUAAGGACUACAGUCAUUUAAAUGUCAGUCCUGGGCUUUCUGGACACAACAGUCUUUUCUGUCACUCCUUAAGCAAAUUGCUGGGGCCAUACAUUAAAGAUACUUCCAGGGGGAACACCCAGAAUUUCCACCAGGCUCUGGGGCGAGCUCCCCCACUGCUCCCCAUACGCAGGUCCCUGUGGGAGCAGGGAAGUGUGAGUGAUCUUCAGAGGACGUUUGUAUGGCUACCUGAUGCGGCACCUGCACCAGGGCUGCUCUUCUCGGAGACAGCUUGGGCAGGCCCUUCUGCCUCAGCUUACUUGGGCUGAAUAUAGGAAAGGAGCUCUCUGUUUCACUACCUGCAAAAGGGCACAUUUAGAGGAUUUUAACCCCCUUCCCCAGCCCCAGGAAUAUUUUUCUUCUAUCAGGCCGAGUAGUCUUAACCCACAGUUCUGUUGUAACACCAGCUAAUGCUAGACAAUUGGUGAACUGCUUGGUGGGGGGGUAAAUUUUUAGAUCACUAUAUAAAUAAAUAACUCCCCCCCCUUAUAAAACUCUAGUGUAUUCCUGUGUUUAUACAACAAAAGAAUGGGGGCAAGCAAAAGCAACAUGGAACCUCUCUUUUAAAGCAGGAGUAUAAGAGUGGGAAAGAAAACAUACCUAUCUGUCAUGAUGGGGGUUGAAAGACACUAUCCUUCUUGUACAGUGAGAACAAUACUUCCCUGUGACUCUUUCAGCAUAUUCUUGGUCCUGUCACCAAUCUACUCACUGCUCAAGUAGAUUUCACAGGAUUCAACUGAAAAAAUAUUUUGCUCUUACUGCUUCUUCUUUUCCUUUUAUUUUUUUCACUUACAAACAUGGUUCCUUUUUUUUUUCUCCUUUUCUUACCUUUUAUUCCAUAGAUUUCAUUAGAAACUGAAAUUUUCAUGAUCACCAAGUGCUUUGAAUAUCAAUGGGAUUUGAGCUUUUAAGUCACUAAAAUACUUUAAAUAAGAAUCCAACAUAAUAUUUUAAUUACAAGAUGAAAUAUUCUAUCUAAAGAUUAUAUUUUACAUAAAGGGAGUGAAGCUGCCUCUCCUAAAACAGUGGAUGUCAAAAUUUUCUUUACUGCGCAUAACUUGUUCUUGGUGGCCCUGAUAUUACCUGGGGUUUUUCUAAAAAUAAGAGCACUUCAUGAAACUGGGAUAAGUUUCCAAAUGGGACAGAUUAUUACCAAGAUUUGUCUGUAUCUUUCUUGGUUAAUUUUUUUCUCUUCAGUUCCAUUCACCUUUUCAGCUUGUCAUAAAGGCAAGUUGUGGAUUUAAGAUGGGCACUUGAGUAAAUGAGCAGUGUGGAAAAAUAGUAUCAGGUAUAUCCCAAAACACAUAUAAUUUAAGGUGGUCUGAAUAUGGGGGUUGAGUGGUACAGAGCUCCCCAUUCUGCUAACCUGUUACUUUGCAUUACAGGGAUGUCCAACAAGUUGCUUAGUUUAAAAUAUUUCUUUUUCUGCUCUGUAACAGCUACAGUUUUGAUAUAUGUUUUUUGAUAAAAUAUAAUAGUGUUCUUCAGUAUUUCUGAUACGAGUAGGGCAGAGUUUUGUUCUGUUUUUCUAAAUCUGGCUUGUAUUUGAAGCUUUUCAGAUUGUUUGUUAACCCUGUUUAGGGACAGAAUAGGGGGGCACUGUACCUGUCAUUGCAUACCUAUGUAAUUUGGACUGCUGGGCACUUUACUGACUCUAGAAAAGACAUCUCAUUACUAUCAACCCGUAGGCUUGUGCUGCAAUAUUAGUAUGAAUUGGAGUAAAUAAGAAUUAUGCAUUAGCCUGCCCUUUGUUACCUUAGCCGAGAGAAGUGGCCUGAAACUAAUGUUUGAGGACAAGUUAUGCUACACUUACUUAAAAUCAGCGCAAGCUAAAUCAUUCUUUCUGUGAAAGAGGAACUUCUAAGUGUAUGUGCCUGUAGGCACAUGCACACCCCUGUUAAGACUGUGUUGUUGAAGAUGCAGAUCCUCUUAGCAUUGGAACCAUAUCAAAAGCUGAGUCAAUGAUACCUAUCUGGAAAUAAACAAGGAACACUGCAAUUCAAAACUUUAGUAACUUGGACAUUACCCAUUUCUAUAAUGAUUUAACGAUCAGUAACUAAAGUGGUACACAUUUCUGGAUAUUUAUUUUUUUUAUUGUACCAAGCAUGUUUGUACUUCGAAAGGUUGGGCUCUCAUCCCUAACAGUAUACAACUGCAUGUGCAAUCUUGGCUCACGUAUCCUUAGCUUCCUGUCAUCAGUAUAUUCCUUCUAAAACUUUUUCUUUUGUCAACUGGAAAAGUUUUAACACUUGUGUCAACUCUGUUAUGGAACUUCUGAAGCAAACUCUGAAUCCGCUUAUGGCAAAGACAAAAGAGAUGAGAUUUCAUGUUAAUAUUUCAUACAAGUCUUCUAGAAAAUGUUGUCAUAUGAAUGAGAGUUGUUUAAAUGACUGUAAUGCAAAUUCAUAAUGAAACAUCAAAAAUACACAGUGAAUUUGAGAUGCCUUUGAAGUGUCACUUUUGCCUGAAGAAGUUUUAGUUUCCAAAGUGAAAAUUUGCUGAAUAGAAUGGAAUUGUUUUGAAUUUUUUUUACAGUGUUAAUUACUUCCAGAUGAAAGUUAAAACGCUGGUUUAUUUUGAGGGUGGGAAAACUCUCUUCAGUCGUUUCAUUUUUAUGUUGAAGAUGUGGAAUAUUUGAUUGUUAAGCAACCCAAUCACUAAUAAGGUAGUGUGUUUAAAACUGUCAAAUCUGUGAUCAUACCAAUACAGUGGUUUUUGUUAAGACUGGACUAUCUUGGGUACAGUAACCCAUACUUCAGUGCAAUGUUUAUUGAUGUUCAGACCAAUGUUAUCACAAUAAACAAACAUAAACUAAUUU